AAAGGUUUAUGACAUCUCACACAUUCCCAUGCACAAUCCACGCUUCCCUACGCACUCUUCAUAACCCUUCAUCUGCGUCUCCUGACCUCACCUCACCUCACCUAAACUCUGGGCACCUUGUGCAUUGUAUUAAAUUGUGCCAUUCACAGCGUCGCUCUCCCUCUCAUGAUAUUCCCAUACCGCCCAUUCCUUUUCCUCCUACAGUGGCUCAUUCAGCAGUCCUUCCCAUCUGCUCGGCUUGUUAAUUGGUUGGCACGGUUGGUUUGGAUGGGAGGCCACCCGUCUUUUCCUGUCUUUCUUUCUUUCCAUCAGUCACUCGACGUUGAUGCCUCACUUGACUUGUUUCAUCUCUGAUUUUGACCCCUGCCGUCCCUUUUUUCUCACUUCCUCCUUACCAGCUUAUCAGUGGCCGGUCUUGUGUCUCUCCAGUACACAGCUGUCCGGGGAAGAAGAGAGCGAGGGCGGGGAGAUGGGAUCGCGGGGAGUGGAGGCGGUGAAGAGAAGGAAGGCGAUGUGGCUCUACCCGAAGGUGCCUGGGUUUAACCCUCCGGAGAGAUGGGGACACUCUGUUUGUUUCUUUGAUGGAGCGGUCUAUGUCUUCGGAGGUUGCUGUGGAGGAAUGCAUUUCAGCGAUGUGCUUGCUCUCAAUCUGGAAACCAUGUCCUGGAGUUCCCUUGUUACCACAGGCCAGAAGCCUGGAAGUCGAGACAGUCACAGCGUUGCGCUUGCAGGGCACAAGAUGGUUGUGUUUGGGGGUACCAAUGGCACAAAGAAGGUCAAUGAUCUGCACAUUCUAGAUCUGAGGACCAAAGAAUGGAGCAAACCGAAUUGUGUGGGUACUCAGCCUUCACCGCGCGAAAGCCACACGGCCACUGUCAUAGGAGAUGAGAAACUUUUGAUCUUCGGCGGCAGCGGCGAAGGAGAAGCAAAUUAUUUGAAUGAUGUGUUCAUACUUGACCUCAAGAACAUGAGAUGGUCUUCCCCAGCAGUCAAAGGAGAACCACCUGCACCGAGGGACAGCCACACUGCAACUGCCAUUAGGAAUAAGAUUCUCGUAUAUGGUGGGGAUUGCGGCGAUCAUUAUCACGGGGAAGUCGAUGUGCUUAACAUGGAUACGAUGGCUUGGUCGAGGCUGGAAGUUAAAGGAUCGUCUCCUGGUGUUAGAGCUGGUCACGCUGCUGUGAGUAUUGGGACCAAGGCAUACAUCAUAGGUGGAGUCGGCGACAAGCAAUAUUAUAGCGAUGUUUGGGUCCUCGAUACAAUGACACGCUCAUGGUCGCAGCUAGACAUUGUUGGCCAGCAGCCUCAAGGGAGGUUUUCUCAUGCUGCUGUAGUCAUCAAUGCUGAUAUUGCAAUUUACGGAGGUUGUGGGGAGGAUGAACGGCCGCUGAAUGAGUUGAUCAUUUUGCAAUCUGGAUUUGAACAUCCAAAUGGUCGUUACAAUGUUUCUAUGUGCAAGACCUUUGGCACCCACUGGAUUCAAGAAAAGCGCAAGUUUUUAAGAACUGACCAUGUGCAAAGCAAUUUGGUUACUAAGAACAACGGGCUAUUGAGUCAUAGAUCAACUGAUGUGGACUCGAUAAAUCCACUGAUUUGUGACUUGGAGGAUAUGGAUGCCAAGAGGAGGAAAACUACUGGUGCUAAAGUGCUUGAGAUCGAUCUAGAGCAGGAAGAACAUUCUCUAUCGCUCUCACAACACUCUUCGCCAUCGCAAUCCGAUCAAGAACAGAACAUUCAGAAGCUACCCACUUCUGCUACUGGCUCCAUCUUGCACGCUCAAUUAGUCGCUCACAUGCAACCAUACAAUCAGACGGAGGCAGUAAAGAUGAUCCACAGAAAUGGCCAGGAAACACACUUCUUGGGCAGCAAUGAAGCUCUGAGACAGCUGAAGACAAAGCAGUUCCUCCGAUCAGCUCUGCCGCCAAGGCAAGAGUGUCCGACCCAAGGAGCAGAGCAGAAAUCUCAACUAAGACCCCUCUUUGCGCCCUUGAACCUACAGAUUGGAGCUGAAGUUCGGGGAACUGUUGACGGAGCUUUCGAUUCUGGGUAUCUCAUGACGGCGAACGUCAAUGGACAGCUUUUUAGAGGCGUCUUAUUCGCGCCGGUUCCAGUUGUUGCAGCUCCAAGACCUGCAAUAAACUCACAGGGUAUGGCAUGCUCCGCCACUGUUUUCCAGCAUCCUUCGGCUCCACAUGCAAUUCCCAUUCACGCAAGGCCACCAAGACAAGCAAUGGCUUGCGGCUUGCCAGAUUGUAGUCUUGCGAUGAAGCAAGUGAAGGCGGUUAAUGCUCAACCGAUGAAGACGAAAAAUGAUCUGCAAGACGUCGUCCUCACGUUGGGAGGACCAGGCGGCAGUGUGUCCCAAAGCCGUCAGUGAAGGACACUUACGCUAUAUAUCUCUUUGUCUUAAGCCUUAGCUUUGCUUUUGAUGUGCAUGUAAAUUUGAGAAAUAAGAGUUGCCUACAAGUUUUGACAUGAACCAAACAAUACAUAUGUUGGUCGGGAUGAUUACAUUAACAUUCAUUGAUCGUU